UGUAGUUGUUCUUCACUAAAAAACUCUACAAAUUAAAAUCACUGCGCUAAAUCAUAAAAUCUAUCACAUAUUUAUCUUUUUGGAAUUUAGAACCGAUCUUUCAUAAAAAGAAAUGAUGCAAGGAGGAGGAGAAGUAGUAAGCAUUGGGGAGCUCACUUCCAAUCUCUCCACAUACAAAGAACAGCUUCAUAAGGUUAGACAACUUUUGGCUGAUAAUCCAGAUAAUUCCGAGUAUGCUGACAUGGAGAAGGAGCUUAAUGAGGACUUCAACAUGUUGCUUAAACAUGCAACUUUAAUAAGGUGCUAAUGGCUUCCAUGGAGAUUUGUUUUCAUUUCAGGGUUGAAAAGGUGUGCUAGGCAUCGUGAUGGCCAGCCUGACUCUGUUCCUCACCUGAUUUGAGAUGUUCACACUGAGAUUCUAAGUUUGAGUUUUAAUGCAGAUUGCAGUUUAUGAUGUAAAGGCUCUGUUUUGUAUUAUACUAGGCUAACAUUGUCAAGAUGCAGGUCAUCGCUCUCACGGAGGAACUUCUUGCAACUGCAAAGCAGAAUGAGAUUUCUGGAUCAGAGAUUGGGCCAGGAACUAGUGCAUCCACUCUUUUGCCCCAGCCUAGGGAUUCAACUGGAAUCUCUAGUGAACAUGAGAGGUUUCCUGUUGGUGCAAAAGUUCAAGCUGUAUGGAGUGAAGAUGGGGAGUGGUAUGAUGCAACAAUUGAGGCUCUUACUCCAAAUGGAUAUUAUGUUUCCUAUGAUGAAUGGGGGAAUAAGGAAGAGGUUGAUCCUGCCAAUGUAAGACCAAUUGAAUUCAAUGCUUUACUGGAAGCUGAAAGAGUGGCUGAAGCUACUAAGCAAGCUAUCAAGAGGAAGAUAGCACAAGCUGCUUCUGUUGACUUCCAAUCACGGAGUUUGCCAGCAAAGCUUCAUAUAAAUGUUGAUGACCCAGAGGAUGUGAAAGCUGCCAAGCGUAAGAAAAUACAUGCUUUCAAGUCAAAGAUGCGCUUCGAGCAACUUGAAGUUACACAAAAUAAGCGGCAGAAUGCAUGGCAGCAGUUCCAAACAGCUAAAGGCAGCACUAAAAAGGUCGGUUUCUUCUCUGGGCGCAAGAGAGAGAGCAUUUUUAAGUCUCCUGAUGAUCCUAAUGGUAAGGUCGGUGUGACUGGAAGUGGAAAGGGCUUGACAGAGUUCCAGAAAAGAGAAAAGCACUUGCAUCUCAAAGGUGGAACAGUCGAGGCUGAUGAUUAGAUUUUUGAGCUUCAAUUAUUUUCUUUGUUCGUACUUAACUUGCUUCAUUACCCAUGCCUUCUGUCAACUGGCACGGUAGCUGGGUCUCUGGUUUUAGCAUGGCAUUCCUUUAUGAGGAUUCGUGUUACCUAGAUUGCCAUAUGCAGAUGCUCGGAUAGUACAACUUCUCUGUUAUAUCUGAAUUAGUUCCUUUCUACACCCCCCCCCCCCCCCCCCUCUUCUUUCUCUCUCCCCCAAACAUAAUAUAUAUACACACAAUUUUUACUCCUUUAUAUAACAUCAUGUGUACUAGUUUAUAAGCAGAAACUGUGGGGUGUGCUUGUAGCUAAAGCUUAGCUUUUGUUGAAAUUGAAGUGAGGUUCUCAGAAAUGUUCUGAAUAUGAGGGAAGAGGAUGAUUCCUCUUGGGUUGCAUGCUAGAGGUCUGAACUCUGAAGUGUGUUUUGAAGCUGUCAAAACUAAGGAAUUAAGCUCAAGUAGGUUGUCCAAACCCAUAUUUUAAUUCUGUUAAAUUGAAGAUCUCUUUGUCAAAAUAAUUUUUUUUAAAGUUUGAUAUAGUUAAAAUAUAGAGUAAACUAUUUAUUUUUGAGAAAUUUUAAAAUGUGUUAAUUUUGAUACAAUUUGAUGAUUAAAUAAUACUAUAUAUUAAUAGUAUUUUAAUUGUUUUAAAAAAUAAUUAAUGAAAAAUUAAACUGAGUGACUCUUAAAAUUUAGAGUAAAGGGAUGCUUAUAUGUUAAUUUUAAAAUAACUCGGACCUAAAAGUAAUUUACUGUAAAAAAGAUCUUGCAGAAAGACUCAAUAAUUAAUAGUUUAAAAAGAUUAACAGUUUAAUGGGUUUUUGGAAAACAAAGAGGAUAAGUAAUUAUUUCCACUAAACUAUGGUAUCAGAUGGUAAUUUUUUCUUUAGAAAAACAUAUAAUUUUAUAUGUUUUCCACACACAUUUCUUAUUAUUUUUUUAAUCAGUUGCGUGGUUGACCUUAUUAAAAUUAAAUUUACCUGGAUCUUGGCCUCUGGGGUCCACCUUAAGCCAUUGUGGUAAAAAAGAAAGAAAGAAAGAAAGGAGGAAAAAAAAAAAAAAAAGCAUCAUUUCAG